UGAAAGCCAAAGCAAAUCUAGUGCUCUUGAGCAAAAUUAUUAGAAGAAGGAGAACAAAAGAAGAGUAAUUAAUUUGAGCUAUAAUUAUGAAGGUUGAAGUUGAUCAGAUCCUUCAUAUGAUCGAAGGGCUAGGAGAAACAAGUUAUGCCACCAACUCCACACUUCAGGCAAAAGCAAUACACAAAGCAAAAUCUGUAGUUCAAGAAACCAUAUGUGAAGUAUAUUACACACUCCGACACACUGAAAGCUUGGCCAUCGCCGACCUCGGGUGCUCAUCUGGACCUACUACUUUCAUGGCUAUCUCGGAGAUUAUGGACGCAAUUUACAAAGUUUGCAACAAAUUAAGCUAUCAACCGCCAGAGCUUAUGUUCUUCCUGAACGAUCUCCCUGGUAACGAUUUCAACACUGUCUUUAGAUCGCUGACGAAGUAUAAAAAGAAGGUCGAAGAAAAAGGGAGAAAAUAUGCAUCAUAUUAUGUUGUUGGGGCUCCGGGAUCCUUUUAUGGAAGGCUAUUUCCAAAGGACAGUCUUCAUUUUAUGCACUCCUCCUAUAGCCUGCAUUUCCUAUCUCAGGUACCUCGAGGGCUUGAAGAUGAUUUUGGAGCUCCUAUAAACAAAGGAAAUAUUUAUAUAGACGAUACAAGCCCGUCUAUAGUGAUUAAAUCAUAUGUUGAGCAAUUUGAACGAGAUUUUUCUACAUUUCUGAAAUUGCGUUCGAAGGAGAUUGUUUGUGGGGGGCAAAUAGUCAUUACAUUUUUAGGUAGGAGUAAUCUAUCUCCACUGAGGGGAGAAAUGAGUUACCUUUGGGGAUUAUUAGCAAAAGCUUUGAAUUCCUUCGUAUCCGAUGGAGUUGUAGAGAAGGAAAAAGUAGAUACAUUUGAUCUGCCAUUCUAUGCACCAGCUAUGGAGGAAGUAAAGAAAGUGGUUCAAAAUGAAGGAUCAUUUGAAUUUUAUCAGGCGCAAGCUUUUGAGUUGAAUUGGGAUCCUUUUGAUGACCGCAUGGAUGAUUUUGUUGCCGAUAAUUUUCUUAGUGGAAAAAAUGUAGCAAAAACCAUUAGAGCCGUGGUGGAGCCCAUGCUUACAAAUCAUUUUGGUGGUGAAAUAAUGGAUGCUUUGUUCUCAAAAUAUGCUAUGAACGUUGCACAACACCUCAAGAAGCAGAAGACCAAAUAUGUGAAUUUCACGUUAGCCCUCAAAAGGAAAGAAUGAUCAAGAAUUGAUGGAGAAUAUAUGACAUGAAAGUUUACGUCUCAAUCUUUCUAAAUUAAAUAACGUGUGAUGCUAUUCGUUUUAUGAUAAUUAAGAAUAGUUUACAUUUUCUCUUAAAAAAUUUCUCAAGUCAUCCCUGUUGCGAUCUAAUUGUAUGAUUCUAUAAUUGAAUAUUGUUUCACCAAAAUUAUAUAAUGUGUACAUUUUUUGUUCU